AUGAUGAGUUCCAUCCCGAAUGAUCUCAUCACCGAGAUAUUCUUGAGAUUGCCUUCAAAGUCAGUAGCUAGGUUUCGUUGCGUGUCGAAGCAAUGGGGUUUCAUACUUUUCCGUCCAUAUUUCACCGAGUUGUUCUUGACCCGGUCAUCGGCUUGUCCACGUCUCUUAUUCGCCGUCAAAUUCGAUACGGGUGACUGGCACUUGUUCUCGUCGCUUCAGCCUCUGAAUCCAUACGGAAAGCAGUCGUCUCUUUUAGUAACCGCCGAUUUUCGUAUGAAAUUCAACAGAGACUUGUUGAUGGGCUUCUGUCGGUAUGGCUCCGGUUUGUUCUAUUUCCGUCAUGAGCGGACCAAGAUCCGUAGUAGUUUGAGCUCAAACGAGGAAUGGGAUGUAUUGUAUGCAAUAUGUAACCCUAGCACAGGACAGUAUGCUGUCUUACCUAAACUAAGAAGAAGGGACAAGUAUUUGAAUAGCUUUCUAGGGUUUGAUCCGAUCGACAAACAAUUCAAGGUACUGUCCAUUGCAUACCGAUUUAGAGAUAGUAGAAUUCUAACAUUGGGACCUGGAAAAUUGAGCUGGAGGAAGAUCCAUUGUCCCUUCGCCCAUAGGCCUUUGUGUCAAGGGAUAUGCAUCGAUGGGGUUUUGUAUUACUUAAGUGUCCGCAGUGAUGAUGACAUGUCUUAUGGGAUAGUUUGUUUUGAUGUUCGGUCGGAGAAUUUCAAGUUUCUUGACAACGAAGCAUUCCCUUAUUCUUGCCCUAUAUUGAUAAACUAUAAGGGUAAAUUAGGUUUGUUUUUUCGGAACUAUGACAUCGCCGAUGCCAUUAAGUUGUGUUUGUGGGUUUUAGAUGAUGUCGAGAAACAUGAAUGGUGUAAAUAUGCAUUCUACAUGUCCGGGGAUGAUAAUGAAAUCGAUGAUUGCCAAAAUCUUUACAUUGUUGGAGUGACAGCUACUACAGGUGAGAUUGUGUUGGCGGAGAAAGAUACUUCUAGAUAUAAACCCUUCUAUGUUUUCUACUUCAGUCCCGAAAGGAAAACUCUCCACCGUGUUGAAAUCCAAGGUUUUGGAGAAUUCUGUGAUGAGGAUCGUCAUAGUGUUCAAGUCUUUCUAGACCAUGCCGAGGAUCUUAACGUUAACGACUCAAAGAUAUUCAAGACAAGCCAAGGACUUGAUAUCAUUUGGAAAAGGCACAUGGACAUGAGUCAUGAAGAUAAAGACGACGAUCAUUAG